AUGAUGGAUUUUAAUAGAUUCAUCAAACUAUUGAGUAUGUUGAUGUUUGUACUUUCACUAUGCAUGAAGCUCAAUUCAGUAUCUACUGCUGAAGUUAGGUGCAUUGAGAGGGAAAGACAAGCUCUUCUGACGUUUAAACAUGACCUUGUUGAUGCAAAUGGCGUUUUAUCAUCCUGGGGAAGUGAAGAAGAUAAAAGGGAAUGUUGCAAAUGGAAGGGCGUCUCAUGUAGCAACGGAACUGGUCAUGUAAUUUCACUUGAUCUGUAUACAUCUCCGUAUGAUGGUCUUCAUUUGAAGGCUAAGCUUAGCCCCUCACUUCUUGAGUUGCAACAUUUGAAUUAUUUGGACCUGAGUUUUAAUGAUUUUGGAGGAAGUGAAAUACCAAGAUUCAUUGGUUCCUUCAAGAACUUAAGGCACUUGAGACUCAGAUAA